UUCAGUUAAAUAGUGGAUACAGCGCCGCAGAAGCGGCGCUUUCUGGGGACCGGAUGAAGGACAGGGACUGAGUGAAGCGGGAGGAGCUGCGGCCGGAGGAGAGCGCUCGGGCCGGGUCGCAGCCGCAGUGCUUGAGGAGAAACCGAGGCGGCCAGUGGAGACAACAGACGGCGGGGCUCCAUGGCGCGGCGUGGGUUCCUCAGUGGCCGCGGUGUCGCCAGCUCCACUGCCACAGCCGUGCGUGGCGCUCUGUCCCCCUGAGGAGCGCUCCCUUCGCUCCCUCCUGACGAGGAAAGAGGCUUCUCUCGCCCCACCGGGCUCCUCGGCUUGGACCGAAGAGAGAAGGGGAGCCACCGGGGCCUCCCUCGUCGUUCGCUUCCCUCCCACACGGGCGGGCGUGCCGGGGGCCGGAGUAGGCGGCGGCGGCGGCGGCGUUCCUGCCUCUAUGAUGAAAUUCAAGCCAAACCAGACGCGGACCUACGACCGGGAGGGUUUCAAGAAGCGGGCGGCAUGCUUGUGCUUCCGCAGCGAGAGGGAGGAUGAGAAAGGCCCCCUUUCCUCCUCCCCUGACUUCUCAAGCAGACAGGUGCUAUUAGUAAGCAGUAGCCGGUACCCAGAUCAGUGGAUUGUUCCAGGUGGAGGAAUGGAACCUGAAGAAGAACCAGGUGGUGCUGCUGUCAGAGAAGUCUACGAAGAGGCUGGAGUAAAAGGAAAACUUGGCAGAUUGUUGGGAAUAUUUGAGAAUCAAGACCGGAAGCAUAGGACUUAUGUUUAUGUUCUCACAGUGACUGAAAUCCUGGAAGACUGGGAAGAUUCAGUAAAUAUAGGAAGGAAGAGAGAAUGGUUUAAAGUUGAAGAUGCAAUCAAGGUCCUUCAGUGUCACAAGCCUGUACAUGCAGAGUAUUUGGAAAAAUUGAAACUUGGGUGUCCCUCUACCAAUGGAAAUCCUGUAGUUUCUUCCCACCCUGAUAAUAGUUCUAUCUAUGUUACUUCAGCACAAACCUCUGGGCUACCAUCUACUAUAAGAUAAAUUUUAAGUUACUUUUUUCAUGUUCUUCCAUCACAAGUGGAAAUGUAUUAGUGAUCCUGUGCUGUGUGUAUUGUAAUCAAAAUCUUGAGUCCGUGAAUACUUUGCGUUCAGUCUUACUUUUUUCUCUUUUUAGCAAUGUAUUUUGGCAAAUCAAAGCCAUACAGGGAUUUUUAAAGAUGCCUUAAAUGGUCCUUUUUCAUUUUUAAAUAUAGUACCUAAUUUAAAAAGUGAAUUUGAAACUUGACAUUUGACUUAAUUCAGUUUCUUAAACUUUCUCAAAUAAUUAUAUUGCUUUAUCCCAUUCAUUGUUGUUUCCCAAAGUCAAAAUUAAAUUAGUUGGAGGAGUUAAGGCAAUGAAACCAACAAAGUGCCUUCAGUGUUAAGCUUCCUCCUUUAAAAUGUUCCAUAGAAAAAUCAGAGCAUAUUGAUGUUUUUUUUUAACUUUUAUCGUUUCUUCAUAUUGCUCUUGUUAAAGAUUUUGGCCGAAUAGGCAGAUAUCACAAAAUGCCAAAUUUUUUUCACUUUUGCUACUUAUUGCCAAAGUUAGUAUUCACUUUCUUUGCAGUUCCAGCAGGUUUAAUUAAUUACUGGAGACCAUUCCAACUUUUUUCAGUCGUUUUAUAGAUUAUGUGAAUCAUAUUAUUUGGAAGAUAACUGUUUGGGGGGCUAAAGGGGGGCAAGGUCAUAUCAGAACAUUAAAAUGUUUUCAUAUCUGCCACUAAAACAUGCAUGUUUUUUCUCUAAACAGUAACAAGUUGUAAUUUCACAUUUUUUUAAAAAAAAACAUCACUAAAUUUCCAUUUUUCUGUAAAGACAGUUUUGGUUGAGGUAAACAACCACUUCUGUUGUAAAAAUUUCUCUCUUCUCAUUCUUUCUAUGUAACAUACAUUCACUGUAAAUAAUUCAACAGAUGUAAAGUGUAAAGUGGAAAGUAAAUGUAAUGUAAAUACAAUUGUUCAGCCAUUUGGGUUGCCACCUAUGAUUUUCAUGUCUUAAUAGUGACAUAACAAGCAGGAAUUUCAAUAGCUCAAUUUCUUUAAUAUACCUUCAGAUUAUUCUGGUUUUUUAUUACACAGCUGUUAAAGGGACAACAGUUAUGCCUAAAAACAGGUGGGGACUAUACACUAUGUAAUGCUGCUAUGAAAUAACCACUUACUGUUGGCAAUUUUUUUAAAGUGUCAUAAUUUUUCCUCUAGAAAAAUGGAAAUGAUAAUGUGCCAUAUGUAUGAAUCUAAAUAAGGAACAUCUGUAAAAUAUAAGAACAGUUGUGAGCUUUCAUUUAAGAAGAACGUAAUAGUAGUAAUAGAGGAUUGAUAUGAAGUUCUACCAUAGGUAAGAACAUUGAAAUUUUAGUAGCUUAGAUGAUGGUGGGAAUCAUAGGGCGCAAUCAGUUUCAAAGAGCCCUAUGUAAAGUCAAAAUGAGAACACAGACUUAAUACAGAAACCUUGUAUUAACUGGAAUGGGAAAGUGAUUAUAAGUAAUGUACAAUCCUAAAUUGGCUGUUCAGGCCCAUGUUUCUAUUUAUUAUUCAAUAGUUUAUUGACCAUAUAGUUGUAAAAGUGAGAAAAUGUCUCACAUUAUCAUAGUGAUGAACAGAACAGUAAGCCAAGUCUGUAGUUCUUAACAGCUUCAUCUCAACAUUUUUGGAAUAUAAUCUAAGCUAAUAGAAAUCGCAGAUUACUAAUGCAUGGUUAUUUUGCUUUUCAUCAUUAUAUACUAUGUAAAAAUGUACAGUUUACGCUAACUAAAUCAAAGGUGAGUGCUUAUAAAUACUUCAGGCUGCCGUGCCACAUAGUUACACUGAUGUACAGAUCUCUUUAGCCUAUGCAAUUUAAAAUUACAUCCUCCUCAGAUUUCUGAUAUCUCUCUUGCAACAUGAUACACAGGAUAAGAAAUAUCCAUCGUUCAAUUUCUUGAAUUUACAAGUUCAUUGAAUAAAGUUAAACAUUCUUUAAUUCUAUAAUUUGCAGGCUGUGCAGUGCUUUGAAAUUGGUUUACGAAAAAUAUAUGGCUGCCAGACAAGUGUUCAGCUUGUGCUCCAAAGCACCUCUUCUAAACUGAAUCCAAAGAAACCCUUAGCUGUACUCUACUAAUUUGCAAGUAUAGGCAGGGCAAUAGUUGUGUCAGAUAUAAUAGGAAAGACCUCUUGCAAGAUAAAAUCUUUUAUAACUAAUAAAAAGAGCAUGGUUUUCUGUAAAUUGUCAAAGUAUUGAAAUAUUCUUGUAGAAUUAAGAUGUAGAUCAAAACUUGCUCUUCAGUGACAUGCAUUUGGUCUCUCAGAGGAAUGGAAAUUGAUUUGGAUCUUCAUGUACAAAAGUUUGUUAUAGAGAAUAAGUAGUUGGGAACAUACCUUAUAAGCAGUGUAAGAGGCAACAAGAAAUAAUUAAAAUCUCAUGUUUACUGCAAGCUACCAAAGCUAUUAAAAUGUUUGAAACAAUUGUUCAAUGUGCUCCUGAAAGUGUACAUACACAAAGACAAAACACAAUUCAAGUUGUAAACGUUUUGAGCUGAGCAUGGCUUUCUUUUAAAGACUGAUGUAAGAAUUUUGACUUUUUAUAUCUGAAAGAAACCUCAAAUAAAAAAUAAACACUU